AAGCACUCAACCAUUUCUAGGAAAAUCUUCUCUAUCUCACACAUCCUAAGCUUAUUUGCAUUGCCAUAUCCUACAAAAUAUGGACAAGCUCUUUUCAUUGAACUGUUGCAUUGGUUACAUUCUUAUUGUUUACUCUCUCUUUGCAUGUGUGCAUGGCAAAGAACAAUUGUCAUGCAAUCAAACACCAUACCCAAAUGUUUGCAAGCAUUACGUUGAGACGGCUACAUAUACAUUAUCGACCCAAGAUGAACAUGUUUCUUCACCUUCUUAUUCGUUCCACGGCAUGGCCCUUAAGGUCACCAUGGACCAAGCCAUUAGAGCCCAUCAACUAGUCUCAACCAUGGACCCUAAAAACUUCAAAGAAAACAAGAAAGCCAAGAUGGCUUGGGAAGAUUGUUUGGAGCUCUAUGAGGACACUAUUUAUCAGCUGAACCGUUCAAUGAAAUCGAAAAACCUAAACGACAAGUUAACAUGGCAAAGUGCUUCCAUUGCAAACCACCAAACAUGCCAAAACGGUUUCAUUGAAUUCAACUUGAAUUCUCACCUAAACUUCUUCCCAACCAUGCUGUCCAACUUCUCCAAAUUGCUCAGCAACUCCUUGUCCAUCACCAAGGCCGUGUCCAUGUUAGAAGCGGAGCAAGAAGUGAGAGGAAGGAGGAGGUUAUUGCUUUCAUCAUCAUCAAAUCAUAACAAACACGGACAUGGCGGCUUCCCUGAAUGGCUAUCGGUUUCCGAUAGGAGGCUUCUUCAGGCGGCGACACCACCAAAGGGAAGGAGGGUUGUGGUGCACGUGAAAGCAGGAGUUUACAGAGAGAAUGUUGAUAUCAAGAAGACAGUGAAGAACAUAAUGAUAGUUGGAGAUGGAAUUGACGCUACCGUUGUCACUGCUGACGGUAACGCACAAGAUGGAUCCACCACUUUCCGUUCAGCUACUUUUGGGGUUUCCGGUGACGGGUUCAUAGCGCGGGACAUAACCUUUGAGAACACGGCGGGUCCACAGAAGCACCAGGCGGUGGCUCUCCGGUCCGGCUCCGACCACUCCGUCUUCUACCGCUGCAGCUUCAAGGGCUACCAAGACAGCUUAUACGCCUACGCCCAGCGCCAAUUCUACCGCGACUGCGACGUGUACGGCACCGUGGACUUCAUCUUCGGCGACGCCGCCUGCGUCCUCCAGAACUGCAACAUCUACGUCCGAAGACCCAUGGGCAACCAGGACAUCACCGUCACCGCCCAAGGUAGAACCGAUCCCAACGAGAACACCGGCAUCGUGAUCCACAACUGCCGCAUAACUGCUGCCGGCGACAUGAGAUCCGUUCAGGGCUCCUUCAAGACCUUCCUUGGGCGUCCAUGGCAGAAGUACUCAAGAACCGUGAUCAUGAAGAGCGGCCUAGACGGCUUGAUUAACCCGGCCGGUUGGAAACCAUGGAGUGGAAGCUUUGCUCUCAGCACACUCUAUUAUGGUGAGUACAUGAACACUGGUCCUGGUGCUAACACUGCUGGCAGGGUUCACUGGCCUGGCUUUCAUGUUAUUAGUAGUCCCUCUGAAGCUGUCAAGUUUUCUGUUGGUGAUUUCUUGGCUGGUGGUUCAUGGAUUCCCGGCACUGGUGUCCCCUUUGAUGCAGGUUUGUGAAUCAUUUCAAAACAUAAGGUGGAAACUCAGAUACAAUCAACUUCACAUUACACCUGAAUUUUUACCUCAUGAUAAUUUCAUUUAGUAUUCAUAUGCAUUUCUACUCAGACCACUAUAUGUUGUACUCAUCUAUCCUUCAUUUUUGUUAUUAUAAAAUAUAACGCCGAAAAAAAAAGGGCGCUUUAUUUUAUAAUAAUGAGUUUGAAUGAAAUAAGAUGUGUACAUUACAAAUUAAAAAGCAGUCAAGGUUGUAAAAUAUACAGGCAGGGUAGGGAAGAAAUAGUAUAUUGUCACGUAGUUUGUGUUGGGUCUUAAUUUGCCUUGUAUAGACACGGGACAAAAAAGAUGCUGUACUUGGUUUUUAUGUCUACUACUACUUCCAUUACCUUCACGGUACUGUAUGUAGUAGUUUGUGCAAUUUGUAAAAUCCAUGUGUAUAAGGAUUUAUAGAUACAGAUAGAUAGAUAGAUAUAUAAAUAUAUUAUAGUGUCACGUAUAUAGUUUCAAUAAAGUUGUAAAAAGGCAUCAAGGCCUUGCUGAUUUGUUACGAUAAUAUAAAUUAAUUGGUUGCAUAUGUA